AUGUUGACGAUGAGCCGAAGCAAGCAACAGUUGGCUUUUGAUCGGACAACACCUACCUACGUGAUACGCACACUACUGUAUGAAAGAGGGAAUCAGAUCGUGCUUCCAUAUAACCUGACGGUGGCUGACUUCACGGACCGAAUAUCGGCGCAGAGGAACAAGCUGGGCAAGAGUGGCAACAAAGAGGAAGGCACCAUAACGCUUGGGGCUGAGAAUAAAACCACCAGUAACGUUCUGUCAGCGGAUGUGAAUUCGCUAUCGUAUGCAAGGACGCCACCUGAGAUCUUGCGGAUUGUGUACGGAACAGGCAAUGAAUCCCUGCAAGGCGGAUUUUAUCCUCAAGGUGCAAAUGGCAAAAUUGCAAGGACCUGCGUUACCGUGGCUGGAGGAGGAAGAGGAGGCUAG